GAAAUAUCCUUUUUGAAACAUGGCAGUUCCAUGUGCACACUAACGAGAAGUUUUUCCCGUAUUUAGUGUAAUUUGCCAAAAAUAAAGUGUGAAAUAGUAGUUUUCGAGUGCAAAAUAAGUCAAUAUGAAGUUGAACGUAUCGUACCCGGCCACGGGUUGCCAAAAACUUUUCGAAGUUGUUGACGAACACAAAAUUCGUAUCUUUUACGAAAAACGCAUGGGUCAAGAAGUUGAGGCUGAUGCUCUUGGUGACGAAUGGAAGGGCUACAUCUUGAAAAUAUCUGGAGGUAACGACAAACAAGGAUUCCCCAUGAAACAAGGUGUUCUUACAAACGGUAGAGUAAGACUUUUACUUUCAAAAGGUCACUCCUGCUACAGACCCAGACGUACCGGUGAACGUAAAAGGAAAUCAGUUCGUGGGUGCAUUGUUGAUGGGAACCUCAGCGUGUUGGCCCUAGUCAUUGUAAGAAAAGGAGAACAAGAAAUUCCCGGACUUACUGACACCACCAUCCCACGUCGCCUGGGACCCAAGAGAGCAUCCAGAAUCCGUAAGCUCUUCAACCUUAGCAAAGAAGACGAUGUACGUCAAUAUGUAGUAAAGAGACCUUUGGCCCAAAAAGAAGGUAAGAAGUUAAGAACCAAGGCCCCCAAAAUCCAACGUCUUAUUACACCCGUUGUUUUGCAAAGAAAACGUCAUCGUCUUGCUUUGAAGAAGAAGAGGUGCCUUAAACGUAAAGAACAAGAAGAUGCAUAUGCUAAACUAUUGGCUCAACGUAAGAAGGAAUCCAAGGCUCGUCGUGAGAUGUUGAAGAGGCGUAGGUCUGCCAGUAUGCGUGAUAGUAAAUCCAGCACGCAGAGUGGUCAGAAGUAAAUUGUAAUUUUUUAUAUUUUAAGACAAUGUAUGAAAUAAACGUUGUUGCUUAAUAA